GAUCUGGAUUCAGGCCCGCCUGGUUCGGUCCUGCCGCGCGCGCCUCCGCGGUCAGCUUACAUACAUAAAAGAAACCGCGCGCGUUCCGGGACUCCGGUCGUCCUGCAGGGAGCUGAGCUGUCAGGGUCCACCCGGGUUCUGCUGGUGGAUUCUGGCACCGGGCGGGAUGGCGGAGCCGCGGAGCCUCAACCACACAUCCUCCCGGAACUGGACCCGAUACAGCAGCCUGGAGGACAUCGACGUGCCGGGGGACGGGUCCCCGGCGCUGCGGGUCCUGGUCUCCGUGGUGUACUCGGUGGUCUGCGCCGCGGGGCUCCUGGGGAACCUGCUGGUCUUCUUCCUAAUGAGCGCGCGCCGGGACCGGCAGAAGCGCUCCACCGUGGACCUGUUCGUUCUGAACCUGGCUGUGACGGACUUCCAGUUCGUCCUGACCCUGCCGUUCUGGGCGGCGGACACGGCUCUGGACUUCAGCUGGCCCUUCGGGACCGUCAUGUGUAAGCUGGUUCUGUCCGUCACCGUCAUGAACAUUUACGCCUCCGCCUUCUUCCUCACGGCCAUGAGCGUGACCCGGUACUGGUCCGUGGCCUUUGCGCUGAAGGACCGGACCCGGAGGAAGGUGUGUUCGGUCCGCUGGGUGGUGGUCGGACUCUGGGUCUCGGCGGGCACGGUCACACUGCCCAGCAGCGUCUUCUCCACGGUUCGGAACGUGGACGGUGAGACCCUGUGCCUGGUGGGCAUCUCGGGCCAGCUGUGGCAGGCCCUGUACCACCUGCAGAAGGUUCUGCUGGCCUUCGUGGUUCCGAUGUCCACCAUCACGGUCUGCUACGUCCUGCUGCUGCUGUUCGUGCGCGCGCGCAGCAUGAACACCCCCCUGCAGAGGAGGAGGUCCAGGCUGACCCGGUCCGUCACCAUCGUGGUUCUGACCUUCUUCCUCAGCUGGAUGCCGAACCACGUCAUCACGGUCUGGGGGGUCCUGGUGAAGCUGGACUUGGUGAACUGGGACCAGAACUACUACCUGGUCCACACCUACGUUUACCCUGUGACCGUGUGCCUGGCUCAGACCAACAGCUGCCUGAACCCGGUUCUGUACUGCCUCACGAGGCCCGAGAUGAGGAGGAGGAUCAAGAACCUGUUCUGGAGGAUCUCCUCCACCUCUGGGAGGAGGACCUGCAGCCAGCGUUCCUCUGGGACCAGGACGGUCCUGGCGGAACCAGCCAUGAUCCCCCUGAACACUGUGGACACAGAGAACUGCAGACUGUCCGCCCUGACGGAGCAGGACAACACGGAGCCGGUCCACAGGUAGACCGGACCCAAAGAGGGACGGACUCUGGUUCUGGUCCGACUAUGAGACUGGACUCAUUUCACAGGAUCAGAUUUCAGUUUUCUUUUUCUGAUUUCAUGUUUGAAUAAAACAAGAUCUGUUUAAA